AUGUUGUCCUACCCUUUGCUGUUGCUUCCAGUGCUUAGUGUACUUGCACACCCACCUCCACCUUCUUUUGAGCCUGGACCUCCUGGAUCUCCUAGUAGUUGGCCCCAAGGUCCGCCAUCUGCUUGGCCACACGGUCCUCCCUCUCAAGGACCUCCUCAUAAUGGUCCAUAUGGCCCUCCAGGUAAUGGGCUACAGCAAGGCGGCAAAGUCUGCGUUGUCGAGUCCGCCGGCAGCAACGACUCCGCUCCAGCUAUCAUCGAUGCUUUGGACAAGUGCGGCCGCAAUACGGGAUCUGACCAAGGUCUCGUCGUCUUCAAGAACGAGACUUACAAUGUCAAGUCGGUCAUGAACACCACCGGUCUCCGUAAUGUCAAGAUCGAGCAUUAUGGAACAUUGUUGUGGGAUACCAACAUUCCUUACUGGCUCAACCACUCCCUUCCCGUGGGAUACCAGAACCAGUCGUCUGCAUGGCUCUUCGGUGGCGAGAAUGUGCAUUGGAAUGGUUUUGGCUAUGGCACUCUGGACGGGAAUGGUCAAGUUUGGUACGACUUCAUCAACGGCACAAACAACUACCCUGGGCGGCCUCACCAAAUCACGAUCACUGGCACAGACGAUAGCGUCUUCGAGGGCAUCCGAUUUGUGCAGAGCCAGAUGUGGACCAUGACCAUUAUCCACUCCAACAAUGUCCUGAUGGAGAAUAUUUACGUCAACAGCACAGACCUUGAGCACCCAGUCGGCUUCGAGUUCUCCUCCUUAAACACAGAUGGCGCUGACACUAUCUACGCUGAUAACAUCACCUUUCGCGGCUGGACCGUCGACAAUGGCGACGACUCCAUCAGCACAAAAGCCAACAGCACGAAUAUCUUGAUCGAGAACUGCGACUUCUACACCGGUUUAGGGGUGGCCGUGGGUAGUAUUGGUCAAUACAAGGACCGCUUCGAGAUCGUUGAGAACGUCACAGUCCGCAACGUUUCCAUCAACCAUAUGCGAUAUGGCGUCUACUUCAAGACCUGGACAGGCGUCAGCAGUGGAUAUCCUCCCAAUGGUGGUGGAGCUGGUCUUGGCUAUGCUGCGAAUCUGACAUUCGAGGACUUUCACUUCAAUAAUGCCAGCGGUCUCUUCGCCGUCACACAGUGUACGAGCUACAACUCUGCCACUGGGAACUGCGAUACCUCGGAGUUCAACAUCAGGGACGUGACAAUCAAGAAUUGGUACGGCACGACCACGAGCGAUGUCGUGGCAAGCAUACAGUGUUCCGCCGCGAGUCCAUGUACGGGCAUGGUCAUCGAGAACGUGAGUGGGCUGCUUGAUACUGUCAAUGGUACUGUGCCUGCGCAGUAUCUUUGUGAUUCGGUUGUGUCGCCGACAAGCUUCAAUUGCACUGGUGCACCAUAUGGUGAGAACAACAGGAAGUAG